UUCAUGCACGCACUCACACUCUCUCUGUCUCUCACACACACACACACACACACACGCACUCACACACGUUCAUACACAGUCUGCACAAACCGCCACUGAGCAAACUUGCGAGCUCCCGGAUUCCCUUUUCUCACCCAACAGACGAAACGGAGGAAUGGAUGGAAGGCAGGGUCACGAGAGAGCAAUGAAACGAAAACUUCUCUGAGGAAUCUCUCUGUCACUCCAUCUGUCGAUCUCAAGGGAAGGUUACGGAGAGAAAGGAGGGAGAGGAGAGAAAGCAGUCCUUGUGUGCUCUCUCUGGCUGGCUGCCUGGACAAGGUAGGUAGAUGCCUAGAUACCUGAACCAAUGGAAUGUCUGUGAUCUUUGACCUUCUGCCCGUCCCCUUGCGGCUAACUGACAUUUAACGUCGGUCGUUGUGUGUGAGGAAAGCCUGUGAGCUCCAAGAGUGGACAAUGGCCGGCUCCGGCGCCGAGUUCGUCCUGGUCCUGUUCCCUUACGAGUACACCACCAAGGACGGCCGGCCCAUCACCAUCCAUCGCGAUGACCGCUACAUGCUGGUCAACCGCACCAACAGCCACUGGUGGCACGUGCGCAAGGACCCCGGCACCAAGCCCUUCUACAUCCCGGCCCGCUACGUCCAAGUGCUGGACCCGAUCGCUGACCCGCUGGCGCCUACAGAAGGUGAAGAAUCAGCUGCCAGUGUCGGUGUCGGUGCCGGAACCGAAACCGAGUCGGACCAACCGGAUGGAGAGAUCCGGCCCUGUUGGUUGACCCCUACGGAGGAAAAGACGGAAGUGGAGUUGGCGCCCUCACUGAGGGAGCCAGAGGGUUUAUAUGACACUACACUAUGGUUGCCUGGCAUGGCCCACGCCUCCUCAGUGCCUGUGGACAACGGCUUAGACUCCUCACAGCGUCAGAGGAGGGAGGAGGAGGAGGAGGAGGAGGAAGAGGAGGUGAAAGGGUGGGAGGACCACAGUAGAGGGCCCAGUUCUGGAUACACGGUAGCUGAGGACGAGGAGGACAUCAGUACCUUCGCCAUACCUCCGUUAACUGAGCCGCCACAGCCCUUCCAGGACCUGGAGGACUAUUCCCACAAAGACCCCACGGAGCCAAGCCCAGACUUUCCCUUUGAGGCGAGGGCUGGCGCUCUACCUCCGCAAGACACUGGGGGUCAUAACUUCCGGGACCUUAUGGCGGACGGGACGUACGAGAGCAUCGACAGCCUCGGGUGGGAGCCGGACGUUCAGGAGAUGGUGCCGGCCCCUGCUGAACCACGUGGGGAGACCCCUAUUACUGACACGAUGCCUGCAGUCCCUGAAAAGGACACAAACCCAGCGAUGGCCAUGGAGAGGGAGCUGCCACCUGCAGCAGCAGAUAAGGGUUCCGAGGAUGACACGGCGGUGUACGUGAACUUGCCCCCGUUCCGUCGGAAGCCCACGGACCUGCCGUUCGACAGCUCCGAGCCGUCCAGCGCGUCUCCGCCGCCGCAGGCGUCCUCUCCGCCCCCCUCCUCCUCCUCCACCACCUCGCCCCUGUCCCCGUCCCCCGACGACCUCCAGCGCGACCUUCACACCUCCGCCGCCGCCAACGCCGCCGCUGCUGAUUCGCCGCCUCCUCUCUCCGAGGGAUGGGAGGUGCACGUUGACGAGGACAGCGGUCAGGAGUUCUACUACCACCCGGCCUCGGGAGAGACCACCUGGGACCGGCCGGCCGCCAUGAUGAUGGACGCCGCCGUGGCGGAGGACCUCGCCGCUAGCGCCUCGCGCCACCGCCUGUCCCGGCCCACGUCCACUUCCUCUUCCUCCUCAGCGCCGCCGUCGCCCUCCGUCCACUCCUCGCCUCCGGCCGGCCCGGCGCCCGGUCCUCCGAUCCCGGCGACGGCGUCGUUCAGCCCCCCCGGGUGGCGCGCGUCCGACUGGGAGCGCAUCGUGGACGAGAGCAGCGGGCGGCCGUACUACUACAACCACGCGUCCGGGGAGACGUCCUGGGACCCCCCCGAGGGCAUCCGCACACCCACCUCGCCUAAAGCACAGCCCAGGGACGACGGACCGCCCCCUCUCCCUGCAGAGGACUACCCAGCGGACGACGAGUACACGGUGUGUCUGGACGAGGAUGACCCGGCGGGUGGCACCCGUCCACCCGGUGUCCCCGCCCCCCUGCCCCUGUCCAGCCAAUCGGAGUACUCGCUGAGCCACGUCAGGAAGGCGGCCAUCCCCCGCGCCUGUCUGGACCGCAGCGCGCCCGCCGGCUGGACACUCCACGUGGACCCGGACGGAGUCUGGGUCUUCACCAGCGAGCACACACAUGAGCAGUGGAUAAAGUCUUUGGAUGACCGAGGUCAGACGUACUACUAUCUGAGGGAUGGAUCCCGCUCACAGUGGAACCUUCCAGAGUUGGGUCCCAGUCAGCCUCGAGUGGGGAACGGCAGCCCAGAGACUGACGGCCCCGGCGUGCUGAGGAACUGGAGACACAGUGUUGUCCCGUCUCAAGACGAGAAGUUCCAGCCCUCCCAUCGGAGACACUUAUCGGACUAUGGCAGCGACGUGUCCAGCUCACCUGAGAUGCAUUCUCAGGUAAUGCCUGAGAACCCAUACCACCAGUCACAAGCACAGCAGCACGCGGACUCCAAGCAGGAGAAGAGUUUGGCUUACGACAGCACAGAAAGUUUGCAACCUGUUUUACCGAGCUUAGAGAAAGCCGGCAUCCUGAACAAAACAAAGGUGUCGGAGAACGGCAAAAAAGUCAGGAAGAACUGGGCUCAAUCAUGGACGGUUCUACAUGGAGGAGUUCUAACGUUUCACAAAGACCCAAAGUCUGCCCCCGGCAGUACCUCUACGAAGAGCAAUCAGAUCCUCACAGAAUUCACCGUGGACCUGAGAGGGGCUUCGAUUGGCUGGGCUUCGAAGGAUAAAUCCAGCAAGAAGAAUGUUCUAGAGCUAAAGAGUCAGAACGGCUCAGAGUACCUGAUCCAGUACGACACAGAGAGCAUCAUCAACGACUGGCACAAGGUCAUCCAUGACACCGUCCGGCAACUGGAACAGGAUCAGCAACAGCAUCACUCAGAGGAAGAGGACGAUGUGUAUGAGAAAAUGCCAGGUGUUGAUGACCGGCCACUCAGUGGCCAGGAAAAGAAACGUGUCGGUUCCAAGCAGAAUUCCACCAGCUCCACCAGCUCCACCUCGGAGGCGGACCAGAAGAAGGUCCGCACCAAACUGCGCAAGUUUCUCCUCAAAAGGCCCACACUACAGUCAGUCAAGGAGAAGGGCUACAUCCGAGAGAACGUGUUCGGCUGUCACCUGGCUACCCUGUGCGACCAGGAGAGGUCCACCGUGCCCAGCUUUGUGGAGAAGUGCAUACGGACUGUGGAGGAGAGAGGUUUGGGGAUGGAUGGGAUCUACAGGGUCAGCGGGAACCUGGCCACCAUUCAGAAGCUGCGCUACAAAGCCGACCACGAGGACAUUGACUUUGAGGAGUGCCACUGGGACAUUCACGUGGUCACGGGGGCACUGAAGCUCUUCUUCAGGGAGCUACAAGAGCCUCUCUUCCCAUACAGCCACUUCAAUAACUUCAUCGCUGGCAUCAAGAUCCAAGACUACCACGAGAAGAAGUCCUACAUGUGUGAGCUGAUCCGAUCCCUCCCUCCUGCCAACCACGAUACCAUGGAGAUGCUUUUUAGGCAUUUACGCAAGGUGAUCGAGCACGGCGAGGAGAACCGCAUGUCAGUGCAGAACGUGGCCAUCGUUUUCGGCCCCACGCUCCUGAAGCCAGAGAUGGAGUCGGCCAACAUCACCAUGUUCAUGGUGUUCCAGAACCAGAUCGUCGAGUUUGUCCUCAACGAGUUCGACACCCUCUUCUAUUCAGGAUGACCACCCUUGCCACCGCCACUCAAUCCUCAAUCCCCCCCCACCUCCCUCGGCCUUCACCUCACUGUAUUCAGUCAGCUCUAUGUAUAUGGUCUUUGGUAUUAUUUGCCCUCAAUGGUGCCUUCCAGGCAGCACUACCUUCAAGGCACUACUCCCCUCAGGUUAGGGGUAGGAUGAGGGUUGAAGGGGUUAGGGUUAGGAAUAGGGUAAAAGUAGUGCCUUUUAGGCUGUGCUGCCUGGAAGGUGCCAUUGGGGGCAAAAAACACCAUAUUUGCCCUCAAUGGUGCCUUCCAGGCAGCACUACCUUCAAGGCACUACUCCCCUCAGGUUAGGGGUAGGAUGAGGGUUAAGGGGGUUAGGAAUAGGGUAAAGGUAGUGCCUUUUAGGCUGUGCUGCCUGGAAGGUGCCAUUGGGGGCAAAAAACACCAUUGAGCAUGUAUAACACCCACCGAUCACACUCACACAGCGUAAACAACACAAAUCUCACAUUGUGGGCAACCAGAAGGAAGGCAGGGCUAAUAGCUACAGUACGAACUCUGAGCUCUCUCUAAGAAUGUCAACUAUGAGCUCCUAGACUUGUCAUCUCCACUCUCAGCUCUAGUGGGUGUACUGACAAGGCGACAAGGCUUUGCAGAUUUUUUUUUUCUUGUUCUUUAUGCCCUCAUUCUGACCACAUCCGUGGCAGCUGCAUGUUAGCUGCGUUACCUGUCCGUUUUGUAGCUCAUGUUAACAGGUGAGAGGGUGCACACUGCCUGCGUGUCACCAACGUCUCAGGUGCGGCUCGAGCCGCGUUGAAAAAGCGUACGUGCUAGAAAUAGGACCGGCGCCUAUUUUUCACGCGACACUCAAGUGUGUUGAAAGCGCUUCCAUUCAAAAGAGACGGUGAAGAGAUGUUUUAAUACUGCUGACUGGCUACAGCAGCGUCGCAUCAGAGACGUUUCUGGUAUGAAUGCACACAUAAAACGUGACGCAGCAGCCACAUAACAGACACACAAUACACGCCACAUUUGGGACUGAAUGAGGCCUAAUGUGAAGAGAUUUUUGCCAGGGGGAUUAUUGCUUACAAAACAUUCAGCUAUCUAAAGGCAUCAACGUUUAGUAUGAGAGUUCACAUUCAGUUUGUCAAUAGGGGACUUCACUGAGAACAUUGAACAUCAUAGCAAAGGUCAAAAGUCAUAUGAUACCAAUGUCAGCACAAAUCUCUCUCAAUGAAGUACACAUGUUGUCCAUUCAGGCAGUUGAUGUGUUUGUGUUUGUCUUGUAGCUAAUAACUUGACUCGUGUAUGUGUGUCCUCUUACAAUAGGUCCACCCUGUUAUUGGUUCCUUUCAGCAGUUCCAGGUGUUUAGUGAUCUGUGUCUGACAUUGUUGACCCAUUCAUAGUUUAUAGACUUCAUCUGGAUGACAGAUAGUCCAUUGCAUCUGCCGAUAAUUUAGGAACUUGUCAAGUUAUUUAUGUUUUAGAUGGUUUUUAAAAUGGUCUUCCCGAAAAAUGUGUUUUUACUGUAACAUAGAGGUGUACAGAGUGAGCUGCUACUACCAUAGCCUUGCCUGUAAUGGCAAACGCCACAGGCACAGUUAUCCAGUCGCCAUUUUAAGCCACCAUUUUCUUUUUUUACAUGGAGGCGCAAGAUUUUAGAGCCGUAACAAUUUGCUGCAUUCUGCUAUGCAGUGAGACCAGAAUAUAGAUUUAUAAUGAAGAGAAACUAUGAAUAUAGCUGUUAUUUGUAAGCAUUAAUAUUAUGUAAAGACAUUCCAGUUAUGAGUUAAUGAAAAGAUUUGCCACUGUAAAUAUAUAGUAGAAUGGCAUAUUUAUGCUGUAAAAUACUCAGAAGAGCAAGGUAUUUGCUUAAAUAAAAGCUGGUUUACACUUCA